GGGCAGCGGUUGCUCCAGCGGCUCCCGCGACCCCGCGGCGGACGGACGCGCCCCCGCCUCCGUCCCCGGGACGCGCCGGCCGCACCGCCCCCCCCCCCCACCCCCCAGAGCUCCUUGCCCGCGGGGCUGAGCGGCCGGCGCCGGUCCGCCCGCCCCCGUCCCCGGCCGCCGGCCGCCGGCCGCCUGUCGCCGGGCGCGGAGCCCGCGCGGGGCCGGCGUGAGCAACGCAGUCGGGCGGCGGCGGAGUCCGAGCCGUGCGCUCCUCCGCGUCCUCCGCCCGUGCCGCUGCUGGCGCCGCCGGGGGACCAUGGUGUUGGACCAGGAGGACGUUCGUAGUUCCUUGCAAUUCUGAGGCACAAAAGUAGGUGAGACUGCUUUUGUAUCUGCGAAGUGCUUCGCUCCUGAAUGUAAUUCUAGCUGAGUGCAAUCUAGGUUAAGAGCCGGACAAGCGGGUAAUUAGAGCCCGCUCGCUGCCCGAGGACCGGCCGCCCCGCCGAAGCGCGCCCGGAGUCGGCGCCCUUCUCCCGGUGGAGCCGAGCUGCGGCUGGACACGGAGCGCCCGAGAUGAUGGUGCUGGACAAGGAGGACGGCGUGCCCAUGCUCUCCGUCCAGCCCAAAGGCAAGCAGAAGGGCUGUGCGGGCUGCAACCGCAAGAUCAAGGACCGCUACCUGCUGAAGGCACUGGACAAGUACUGGCAUGAGGACUGCCUCAAGUGUGCCUGCUGCGACUGCCGCCUGGGCGAGGUGGGCUCCACCCUCUACACCAAGGCCAACCUCAUUCUGUGCCGGCGCGACUACCUGAGGCUUUUUGGCACCACGGGCAACUGCGCUGCCUGUAGCAAGCUGAUCCCAGCCUUCGAGAUGGUGAUGCGGGCCCGGGACAAUGUGUAUCACCUCGACUGCUUCGCUUGCCAGCUCUGCAACCAGAGUGAGGAGUUCCUGUGCCUGGAAGGGAAUGCCCUGAUGGGAACAGCUACUCACUCCUAUUUUGUGUGGGAGACAAAUUCUUCCUGAAGAACAACAUGAUCUUGUGUCAGAUGGACUAUGAGGAGGGACAGCUCAAUGGCACCUUUGAAUCCCAGGUUCAGUAAUGCCCAGCGCCUGGCCUCCAGGCCCAUCUGUCCGUCUGCCUGUCUGCCCGUCUGCCCGUCUGCCCACCCGCCUGGCCGGCCAGCCACUCUCCUGCCGAUUAGAACUCCUCCGUCCUCGAUGGGAGGGACGGCCCUUCCUCUGCUGCCCGUCUGUGUGUGACCCCUCCUGGGGCCAGGCUGGGCCUGUACAGUCUGUCUUCUGUAUAUAAAUGGGAACAUUUAUUUUAUGAGAAAUGUAAUGCGAUUUUAUUACUGGCGUGGAUUAAACUUAUGAAUGUUUCCGGGGA